AUGAAUAAAAUACUACGAUGCAAAAUACCAAUAGCUUUUGGACAAAUUUUUGGUUUAAUUUCACAUAUGAUUAUAUGUUUUGCUGCUAUUGAUCAAUGUAUAUCAAGUUCAAUGCAUGAACGACGCCAAGGUAUUAAUCUCAAAUGUAUGAAACGUUUAAUUAUCAUUUCUAUAUUUAUUUCCAUUUUACAUGGUAUUCCAUUUCUUGUUUUUUAUAAUGUACAAAAAUUAUCUGGAACAAAUACAACAACAUGUCGUCCCAAUGAUAACCAUGCUCUAUUCUCAAAAUAUGUAGUAUAUGUUGGUUUUCCUAUCAUUGAUGUUUUUUUGCCUAUCUCCAUAAUGAGUGUAUAUGGCCUACUUGCUUUUCGUAAUGUUCGUACUAUGACCAAGAGAAAAGUACAUAUUAUACGGCUACGUUUAGAGCAACAAUUAACGGCAAUGGUUUUAAUGAAAAUUCUUGGCGUUUGUAUCACCAUAAUUCCAUUUCUUAUUGUUUAUAUUAUUCGAUUUACAAUAUCGUGGCGCAACAACAAUCCCAUUGUUGAAGAACAAUUUCGAUUAGUUAAUAGUGUCUUUACGAUUCUGUUUCUUGUAAACUAUGCAAAUAGCUUCUACAUUUUUCUUAUAUCUUCUGCUCGGUUUCGUCAACAAUUGAAAUUUGUUCUAUUCGAUGUUUAUUUAAAACAAUGGCGUGCAAAAAGAAAUAUCAAUCGAGUUCAUCCUAUUGAAAGAAGUUUUGUUCUUUCAAUCAGUAAUUAUUAG